AUUUUUGGUUUUAAAAAGAAGGUAUUAAUCAUUUAACUGAGAUGAGUGAUUGGUGAUUCAAUCCAAAUGGAAACCCUGGCUAACUAGGAGCUUAAAGUUUUGUUAUUUUUAAAUAAAAUUGGAAAUUGGAUGUUUUUAUCAUUUCUAUAAGCAUGGGAAAAAGAACUUAAGGGAUUUGAAGAAAAUAGAUGUGGAGUUGGACCGUCAAUCUUUAUUUUUAUUUAAUACAAUAGAUGAUAUUGGUUCCUAUAAAGGAAUUAAAGAACAUGAUUUAUAUUAUAUUUCAAAUUCUAAUAAUAUAAACUUAUUUAAAAAAAAAAAAUCGGAAUUUUGUUUAAUCCUGAUAUACAUGAGCAAGUUUUACUAAUCGGAUGCGUAUGUAUGUAAUAUAAUUCUAUUCAUUAAGGAAUCAUAGGAUUUAGUAGGUGGGCCGAGUUUCUAUAUCCAACUCCAAUUCUAACCGUAUUGGGCUCUCGAACCCUACUUAGGGCUCUGCAACUGAAAAAGGGGAAAUCCAGAAGACGAAGAAUGGUGUGCGACAAGUGUGAGAAGAAGCUUUCGAAGGUGAUAGUGCCGGACAAGUGGAAGGAAGGAGCCAGCAACACUACCGAAGGCGGUGGUCGCAAAAUCAACGAGAACAAGCUCCUCUCCAAGAAGAACCGAUGGACUCCUUAUGGGACAACCAAAUGCAUCAUUUGCAAGCAGCAAGUACACCAGGAUGCCAAGUACUGUCACACCUGUGCCUACACAAAAGGAGUGUGUGCAAUGUGUGGGAAGCAAGUGCUGGACACCAAGUUGUAUAAACAAAGCAAUGUAUAAUACGAAGCAGAUACUAGUUGGUGUUCUAUGCUCAACAUUGGCCUUUUUCUCAAGCUUUGGUCUCUAUCAUUAAGUUAGAGCUUACCUAAUUUGUAAUUGAGGCUUCAAAAGGUCACAAACAAUCACUAAUUUGCAUUUUUCCCAUUAUAAUCAUGGUAGUGUCAUGAAAUUCUACUCGUGUAAUCUAAUAUUGCAAGUUGCAACUUGUCAGUC